AUCAUUUCAUUACUUUUAAGUAAAAUAAAAUAUUAAUUUGAUAUUUAAAACAAAAAUGAUUCAUUUUUAGAUAAAUUAUUUAGCUUAACGAGGUCAACUUUAUUUCAAAGUAGAUAUCUUACUUUUUUCUCUCUUUUUUUGCAUUAAACAAACAUUUGAGCGUUAAUAUCUAAGAAAAAAAAAAGAAAUGUAAUUCUAGUUUAACUUGCCAUUCAAAAGCGUUGACUGGUGUAUUUUCAUCGCACAUGAGGUGUUGUGGUGGAGGGGGCAGAGUCAGGGAGGGGGCAGGCAGCCUGGCUGGUGUGGAGGAGCUCCGUGGCGCAUGUGUGGAGUCCGUGAGGGCGCGCGGCCGUUGGCAUGAGCUCGGACUGCGAGAGUUACUACAGCCGGGAGCGCGUGCUCGUGGAGAGCUUCACGUGCCCGCGGACCGGUGGAGACCCCACGGCCGUCUUCUGCUGCGGCUUCAGCGACCUGAAGUUCUGCUGCGAUGAUCCCCACAGCUUCUUCCCCCACGAGUACGCCUACAUGUGGAGACUCAGUCUCGGGGCUCUCGUGGGUCUCUCCGUGGCAGCUGUGGUCCUCCUCGCAUUCAUCGUCACUCUUUGUGUCCUCUGCUAUCUGUUCAUCACCACCAAACCCAGAGGUCUGGACAACGGAUUGCCUCUCAGAGCUCCAGGUUCAGCCUACAGUCCUCCAGGAACCGGUCUCAGUCACAGCAGCACCCCGACUGGACCUCACGGCCUCAAGAAACACUUUGUGAGGGCCAAGCUGGACUGUGACAACCAGCAGCCAAACCCCGACCCCGACCGGCUUUUCCAGCGCUGCUUCAUGGCUACCGUCACGUCCAUCAAUGUAGAGGGCCCUGCUUAGGUCAGCUUCUCCGCUUACGUGCACGUUGUGGAAGCUGCCUCGUGCACUUCCAUCAUCAUGAUGUAAAAAUGCUAUUUUUUUCUUUGAAAAAACCCCAUUCUGAAAUAAGUUAAAGGGAUGAUGAAAAGAGAAAACCUUAUGAAGAUAAAAA